AUGGCGAUCCUCAACUGCCUGCUCGCUAGGCAACUUUGCUUUGAGGACGCCUCGUGUUCUGCUAUCUUGGAGAUCAUCCCGCGUGUCUGUGGCUCUGAACUUGUGGCGUGCUCUACUGUUACCGUGACUAAAUGCCAGGCUGCUCUACGUACUCUGCAAGCAUUUCCGUUUUUCAAGCCAACGUGCCUCUGUCGAGAACCGAACGUGGACCCCGAGUGUAACUCCUUCCGCGAUUUUCUGUUUGAUCACCCUUGUGUGUUCGUUAUGAAGAAGGAAAAAGACCCGUAUCCAGUAGAGACCUUACCGACCUGCACCUAUGCGCUCAGCGUUUGCCACAACGAAAAGUCCUGCUCCGUCUUGUUUGAACGCUUCAAGAAUGCUUGCAAAGCCCGCGAUGGAGACUGCCGCAUGGAAGACAGGGAAUCCUGUCGUGAAGCCUGGGCUGGAUUGCGCAUGUCCCCAAUCUUCGGUUGCAUCUGCCCCAAUACACAUAUGAAGAAACGUUGCGAUCGAAUUUUCGCUGUCGUCAACCAUAACCCCUGUGUCGCUUUCUAUACAUAUAAACGUUUCAACCCUAAGGCCGCUAAGAGCCACCUAAUCCGUAGCGGUCGAGAUCUCUACUCCUCGCCCUUGCUAAGACCU